AAUGGCAGCCCCCAUAGAUUUGAACGCAGCAAAAAACAAUUUAGCUGAUGCUCUUGGCAGCGACAUGAAAAGCUAUCUUCAUCAUCUGAAAUCCUGGUUCAGACAAAAGAUUGCCAAGGAAGAGUUUGAUAUGGAAGCUAGAAAAUUGCUCAGCUCUGAAACAGUACAUCUACACAAUGAGUUCCUCUUAGCCAUCUUCUCCAAGUGCCAAACAUUUACAUCGUCACUAGGCCCAAAGUCACCACCAGGUCGCAGCCAUUCUGGACAUGGAAAGUUACUGAAGAAGGGAAAAUUAAAAAGGAGGCCAACUACUAUCAGAAGCUCAUUCCAGCAAAGAUUUGUGCCAGUAAACCCAAUGUCCUGUGCAGUACAAGCUACAUACAAAGGGACUGAAGAGUCCAUAUUUGCUGGCCGAGAGCUGACAUUACCUGACAUAUCAAUGAUACAUGGUCGUUUAUUAGUUUGUGCCUGGGAGAUAGGACUAGUGAGUGUUGAUGAUGCUGUGGUGAAAUUUAUUAUGCAGGCACUGGAGAUACACUUGAAAAAUAUCAUCACACAAGUGUUAAUACGUCGAAAUGGUUACAAAGUCAGGGAGGGAAGGUUCAGAUAUGCACUAGGAACGAACGUACCAAAUCCAUACAUACGACACAGCUUAAUGUUACAGGACAGAACACUUGAAAGUGAAGCAACAAUGAUAACAGAUGGCCAGCAUGUACCCAAUAAACGACUACCACAGGACUGCAAUGAGGGGUACCUGGCUCAGCAACUUUCAGCUAACACAUUGGAACCAACCGAAAGAGAACCAGUAACUUUAUAUAACCUGCUGGAAACAUUACAGACAUACAAGAACACUAUACCAUCACAUUCAGUUUAUGCGCCAGCCAUUGAAAGAAUUAUACAUAAAUUAUGGCAUCCGAGUCAUGAGGAGCUUGGUUACACAGACAAACAGGAAGUCCCAGUCAGUCAGAGUACUGCUUCAAGUCAGCCAGUCAGAUAGUCUGUGUAAAUGGGAGCUUAGUCUGUGAAAUAAUGGAAGAAAAGAUCUCAAUCUGCAGCAAUACAGGGUUGAGAGGAUGCAGUUAAGCAAUAAAUGAAAGCUGUAUCUCAUUCUUCUUAGUCAGAGAGUUUAGAAAACUGGAUUUAGCAAGAUGCAGUUGAGUAUGCAAAUUUCAAAGCAUUAUGUUACAUCUGGGACAGUAAGGUAGACAUUUACCAUUUUGCUGGAAUUAAAUUAUUAUUUUUGGAAUAUUAGGGCUAAAAAAGAAAUAAAAACUCUAUGUCUGCUUUAUUCAAUAGGUAGACGCAGAUCUCAAUUUUUAGAGUCAUGAUCAUUAGUAAAUUUAUUUGAACGUUACUUUUGUAACACAUUAUACGUUUUACAAUAAUAAUCAUAUGAUAUUUGUACCCCCCGACAACAAAGUUGUAAGGGGGGGUAUACUGGUUUCAGGUUGUCUGUCUGUCUGUCUGUCCGUCUGUCUGUCUGUCCGUCUGGUCGUCUGUCCGUAGACGCAAUCUUGUGCGCACCAUCUCUCCUUAUCCCCUUGACAGAAUUUAAUGAAACUUCACACAAGUGAUCAGUACCAACAGUAGUUGUGCAUGGGGCAUGUUAGGUUCUUUUAGAAAAAAAAUUUGCAGAGUUAUGGGACUUUGUUUUUUUGUUACUAUACUAUAUACAUAGACACAAUCUUGUGCGCACCAUCUCUCCUCAUUCCCUGGACACAAUACAGUACCAACAGUAGUUGUGCAUGGGGCAUGUUAGGUUCUUUUAGAAAAAAAAUUUGCAGAGUUAUGGGACUUCGUUUUUUUGUUACUAUAAUAUAUACAUAGACACAAUCUUGUGCGCACCAUCUCUCCUCAUCCCCUUGACACAAUUUAAUGAAACUUCACACAACUGAUCAGUAACAACAGUAGUUGUGCAUGGGGCAUGUUCGGUUCUUUCAGCGACAAAAAUUGCAGAGUUAUGGGACUUUGUUUCUUGUUAACAAUUUAAUGAAACUUCACACAAGUGAUCAGUAACAACAGUAGUUGUGCAUGGGACAUGUUAGGUUUUUUCAGAAAAAAAAAUUUGCAGAGUUAUGGGACUUUGUUUUUUUGUUACUAUACUAUAGACAUAGACACAAUCUUGUGCGCACCAUCUCUCCUCAUCCCCUUGACACAAUUUAAUGAAACUUCACACAACUGAUCAGUAACAACAGUAGUUGUGCAUGGGGCAUGUUAGGUUCUUUCAGCGACAAAAAUUGCAGAGUUAUGGGACUUUGUUUCUUGUUAACAUACUAUGUACAUACAGUCUUCAUAUGCAAUCUUGUGCGUGCCUAAUCUACCAAACACUUGCACACAAUUUAAUGAAACUUCACACAAGUGAUCAGUACCAACCCUAGUUGUGCAUGGGGCAUGUUACAUUCUUUUAGAUAAAUAUUCUGCAUAGUUAUUGGACUUUGUUUUUUGUUACUAUACUGUAUACAUACAGUCUAUAUACAUACAGUCCACAUAAUUAUGCAGUCUUGUGUGUGUGAAAUUGCAAUGUACUGUGUCAGUGCAUGCGGGGGGUACAUUCAUCUCCUUUAGUGAUAGCUCUAGUUGUGUUUGGCAUGUGCCACAGGCCUUUUGGGAAAGAAAUUACCUUUUUAAGUUUAUUGCAUUAUCACAUAUUUUCAUUAGAAAUGAUUAUAGUUAACCUUUGUUAAAGACUUCUGGGCGCUAUAGACAACAAUGAUUGCAUACCUGAUAAAGUAAGGGCAGGGUAGAGCAGCUUAAAAUUCAGCAAUUUUUUUUUUGUUUAUCACUUUUUUAACAUAUCAUAGAUGAAGAGACAAGCAUGAAUCCACUUUCUCAUUGCUGACUAUUGAUAUGUAAAGUGAACAUGGGGAUAAAACAUCAAGACAUCAGAAUGAGACGCGGAGCAGCAUACUAAAACAAAACAUUGUGUAAAGAUAACCUAAACAGCUACUGCUAUUUAAUCACUCCUGUGUUGUGAACUUUAACAAACAUGUUCUAAACCAUUGGUAUUUAUGUGGCAUAAAAAAGUAACAUUAUGGUAAAAGUAUCAAAAUAUUAAGGCCAUGUGUUGUUUGCCAUCUGAUUUACUAAAGUUUACAGUUUAGAUGCACAAAAAUUGAACCAUGAGGGCAUUAGCAGGAGUGGUUAAAUAUCUAAGCAUCUGAUGGCUUAACCAUGGUUAAUCAGACAAUAAGCCACAAGAAGGUCUCAUUUAUUUUCAUUAUAUUUAUAACAUGCUCACCAAAACAUUUAUCUGUACAGUGAUGAUUUGGAUGUUAUGCAGCUACUUGAUGUCACUGUGUUCUGUCACUAGUCUACACAUUAACCAUUGCAUAUCUCAGAAUAGAACACUUAAUUUCUUUCCUUAUUUAAUUGACAGAGAAUUCAUGCCAUGUGGGAAUAUGCAAUAAUGCUAUUUCAUCUUUAAAAAACAUAUUUGAAUCAAAAUAAUGUAUACAUGUAGCAGAACUACAUUUGAAUAUAUUUAAACACUCCCAACCAGUUGGGGGCCAUGUAGUAUAAUUCCACGGGUAUAAUAAUAGGUUAUUAGACUUGUAUCUAGAAAUAUGCAUGAGUUCUGCAGCGGAAAUAUUGUGAGACUUUAGAAGCGCAAUAUUAAUUAUUCUAAUAUGCUUGUUCCUGUUAAAACACUCUUACGUUAAAAUGAUGUAUAGCAAAAUCGUGUUUUACCUAAAUUAGUUCACUCAAAAUCAGUUAUACGUCGCAAGAAUAAUUCACUCGGGCUAUGCCCUCAUGAAAUUAUUCCGCAGACGUAUAACCUCCUUCAGUGCAUUAAUAACGUUGAAAUACUGUUUUUCUAAAUAUUAUUCCUUAAUUAUUCCACGAAAGAACAAGUGCAUAUUUUUUUAUUAAAAUCUAAUAACCAUUUAUUACCUACGCAUCUACACUUAAAACUAUUAUAUUUAAUUUAAUGAUAUUCUAAUAUGCUUGUUUCUGUUAAAACACACUUGCGCUAGAAUGACAUCACGUUAACAUGCGAUGACGUCAAUGUUUUUGUUGUGUCCAAGAAAGAGCGCUACUAUAUUUCAUCUACUGUUUUAGAUUCAGAGCAUAUUAGAAUUGAAAUCAUGUAUAGCAAAACCGUGUUUUAGCACUAUUUAUACACUCGGACGAUAAUACGUUGUACAAAUAAUUUCACUCGGGCUGUGCCCUCAUGAAAUUAUUACGCCUGACGUAUUGCUGCCCAUCGUGCAUAAAUAGUGUUAAAACACUCUUUUGCUAUAAAUUAUUUCUUAAAUAAUUUGUUGUUAAGCCUGAGUGAAAUUGAAAAUAUCAUCGUUAAAGAACUCCAAGGACAUACAUAAAAACUGACGUCACAAAUGACAUCACACACUUGAUCUGAAAUUUUAACGUCAGUGUUGAAAAAUAUUGACGUUUUAGGUUCCAUUGGAACUUAACAUAGUUUUUAAAUGAGUAUGUAAGAAUCUCUUUUAUUGGUUCAAGUAUAUUAAAAUAUAAUUCUGCUAUUUAUUAUAUUUCUUGAUUUAAACAUAAAAUAUGUAUUUUGUAGUACAAGAUAUAUUUUUUAUUGUUAUAUAAAACCAUCUACAAACAAAAGUCACUUUUUGGCUCUUCCAUGGAUGUUCCUUAGAUACAUGCUUGACAGAGUUCAGACUAACGUUUUUAUGCUUCCUGAAAGUGGAGCAUAUAUGUUGCCACUUUGUCCAUCCUUCCAGUCAUUCAUUCACACGUAAAGAAGAAAGUUAUGUGGCUAGGAGAACAAUAGAUAUUCUUAAUUCUAUUCACUCUGUUUCUUUUAUGUGGCUAAAAAAACAAUAGGGUGAACAAAGGAGUAGCCACAUAACCACUGUACUGAAAGAACCUCCGUCUGUCCAUCCCACAAUUCUUGUACGGAGUAUUUCACAGCAAUCACUCACUGAUAAAAUUUCGUAGGAAGCUUCAUUCCCAAGAGACAUGCAUAGUAUUUUCAUGUCCCAGACUGACAAUUUCACCAUUAUUUACUUUUGAUUGAUCAACUUUAGUAUACUAUAGCAUUUUUUUUUCCGGAGUAUUUCUCAGCAACCCCUGGCUGAUAUUCAGCAAAACUUUGUAGGAAAAGAGAUGCGUAUAUAAUGUGUGUGUGUUUUCUCAACAACUACUUAUACUUGUUUAAGUUCUAAGAAAUUUCCCAAGAAGCUUCAAUAUACUACUAAGAUGAGAUGAGCCGUGCCAUGAGAAAACCAACAUAGUGGCUUUACGACCAGCAUGGAUCCAGACCAGCCUGCGCAGUCUGGUCAGGAUCCAUGCUGUUCGCUAACAGUUUCUCUAAUUGCAAUAGGCUUUGAAAGUGAACAGCAUGGAUCCUGACCAGACUGCAUGGAUGUGCAGGCUGGUCUUGAUCCAUGCUGGUCGCAAAGCCACUAUGUUGAUUUUCCCAUGGCACGGCUCAGAUAUGUGUCCAGUCAAUGAACUGCACUUUUGUGUUUUUAAAAUGCAGUAAUCAUACUUCGGGGAGCAUCAUUAGGUUUUACAGAUAUUUUCUUGUUCAGUAUUUGUUGUUGUUAUGUAAAUAAUAUAUCUACAUUUAUUGAA